GUCUGUGCUGCUGCGGAGGCUUUCCACCCUCUCAGCUAACAGGGCGAGCUGGGAACCAGUGACCGCUCGUUUCCUCCAGGCUGUGUCCCCUUCCUGACGGGAAAGGAGCACGCACCGGGGUGGCUCCUCGCCUCCGCACCUCGGGCCGCUGCUGGAGCUGGGUGAGAAGGGGCUGAGGCUGCUGCGCGGCUGGGGAGCCACCGGAGCCCGGCCCCGCUAUGUAACUUAGCGGGGUCUUUUGUUGUCCUUGUCCGCAGCGCAGUGCCGGGGCGCUCAGGCAGCGCUGCCUGCAGCCGGGAAAGGCGCCGGGCUGGGAGCACCGCUCCUCUUCGCUGCACCAUGACAGAGGAAAGCAAAGGAGAAGGCAAGGGGGAAAGCGGGAAGGACUUGGAGAAGCAGCUUCGCCUGCGCGUCUGCGUCCUCAACGAGCUGCUCAAGACCGAGCGGGACUACGUGGGCACGCUGGAGUUCCUGGUGUCGGCUUUCCUUCACCGAAUGAUCCAAUGUGCUACGGCCAAAGUGGAUAAAAAUGUCACAGAAGAGACAGUUAAGAUGUUGUUUUCAAAUAUUGAAGAUAUUCUUGCAGUUCACAAAAACUUCCUGUCUCUGGUGGAGGAAUGCUUACAGCCAGAACCUAAUGCGCAGCAUGAAGUUGGAACCUGCUUUCUUCAUUACAAAGAGAAAUUCCGUAUCUAUGAUGAAUACUGCAGUAACCAUGAGAAGGCACAGAAAGUUCUGCUUGACCUUAACAAAAUAAGAACAGUGCGAACGUUUCUUUUGAAUUGCAUGCUUCUUGGAGGACGCAAGAACACAGAUGUACCAUUGGAGGGAUAUCUAGUAACGCCGAUACAGAGAAUAUGCAAGUAUCCCCUUCUUUUAAAGGAGCUACUGAAGCGGACUCCGAGGAAGCACAGUGACUAUGCGGCACUAAUGGAAGCCCUCCAGGCCAUGAAAGCUGUCUGUUCCAACAUAAAUGAAGCCAAGAGACAAAUGGAAAAAUUAGAGUUUUUGGAAGAAUGGCAGUCUCAUGUUGAAGGAUGGGAGGGGUCAAACAUCACAGAUACAUGCACAGAAAUGCUGCGAAGUGGACUACUACUGAAAAUUUCAGCAGGAAAUAUCCAAGAGAGGAUAUUUUUUCUUUUUGAUAACCUUUUGGUCUACUGCAAAAAAAAGCACAGGCGAUUGAAGAACAGCAAAGCAUCUACAGAUGGCCACCGUUACCUUUUUCGGGGCAGAAUAAACACAGAAGUGAUGGAAGUAGAGAAUGUAGAUGAUGGAACAGCUGACUAUCACAGCAGCGGCCACACUGUUAUUAAUGGCUGGAAGAUCCACAACACGGCAAAGAACAAAUGGUUUGUAUGCAUGGCAAAAACCCCUGAAGAGAAGCAAGAAUGGCUGGAAGCUAUUUUGAAAGAGCGAGAGAGAAGAAAAGGUUUAAAAUUGGGCAUGGAACAGGACACUUGGGUGAUGAUCUCUGAGCAAGGAGAAAGACUGUACAAAAUGAUGUGCAAACAAGGGAAUCUCAUCAAAGACAGGAAGAGGAAAUUAACCACUUUCCCCAAAUGCUUUCUUGGAAGUGAAUUUGUGUCCUGGUUGUUGGAAAUUGGAGAGAUACACAAAUCUGAAGAAGGUGUUCAUCUUGGCCAAGCUUUAUUAGAGAAUGGCAUUAUCCAUCAUGUUACAGAUAAGCACCAAUUCAAACCUGAACACAUGCUGUACAGAUUCCGAUACGAUGAUGGAACAUACUACCCCAGAAAUGAGAUGCAGGAUGUGAUCUCUAAGGGUGUACGACUGUACUGUCGCCUUCACAGUCUGUUUACCCCAGUAAUUAGGGAUAAAGAUUAUCACUUGAGAUCCUACAAAUCUGUGGUCAUGGCUAACAAACUCAUAGACUGGUUGAUUGCACAGGGGGAUUGCCGGACGAGGGAGGAAGCUAUGAUAUUUGGUGUAGCUCUUUGUGAUAAUGGGUUUAUGCACCAUGUGUUAGAGAAAAGCGAAUUUAAGGAUGAACCACUGCUGUUCCGUUUUUAUGCGGAUGAAGAAAUGGAAGGAUCAAAUAUGAAGCACAGGCUCAUGAAACAUGAUCUGAAAGUAGUGGAAAAUGUCAUAGCCAAGUCAUUACUGAUUAAAUCUAAUGAAGGCACCUAUGGUUUUGGUUUAGAAGAUAAAAACAAGGUGCCAAUUAUUAAAGUGGUGGAGAAAGGAUCAAAUGCCGAGAUGGCAGGCUUGGAAGUUGGGAAAAAAAUCUUUGCCAUUAACGGUGACCUGGUUUUUCUGCGACCCUUCAGUGAAGUGGAUUGCUUCCUGAAAGCAUGUCUAAACAGCAGAAAGCCCCUGCGGGUUCUUGUGAGCACUAAACCACGGGAGACAGUGAAGAUUCCUGACUCUGCAGAUGGACUUGGAUUCCAAAUCCGGGGCUUUGGCCCAUCAGUUGUCCAUGCUGUUGGGAGAGGAACGGUGGCAGCCGCGGCAGGUCUCCACCCUGGCCAAUGCAUAAUCAAAGUGAAUGGAAUUAAUGUCAGCAAAGAGACUCAUGCAAGUGUUAUUGCUCAUGUCACGGCAUGCAGGAAGUACAGGCGGCCAAUGCAGCAAGAUUCUAUACAGUGGGUUUACAACAGUAUUGAAAGUGCACAGGAAGAUCUUCAGAAAACAAACACCAAGCCCUCUGGAGAUGAUGGAGGAGAUGCCUUUGACUGCAAAGUGGAAGAGGUAAUUGACAAAUUUAACACGAUGGCAAUAAUUGAUGGGAAGAAAGAUCAUGUGAGCCUGACUGUUGACAAUGUUCAUCUGGAGUAUGGAGUAGUUUAUGAGUAUGACAGCACAGCUGGAAUAAAGUGCCAUGUGUUAGAAAAAAUGAUUGAACCAAAGGGAUUUUUCAGCUUGACUGCGAAGAUCCUUGAAGCACUGGCAAAAAGCGAUGAACAUUUUGUGCAGAAUUGCAACAGCCUCAAUUCCUUAAAUGAAGUGAUCCCCACCGAGCUUCAAAGUAAAUUCAGUGUCAUUUGCAGUGAGAAAAUUGAGCAUAUCUACCGAAGAAUCUCUAGUUACAAAAAGUUUUCAAGAGUAUUAAAAAACAGAGCUUGGCCUACCUUCAAACAAGCUAAGUCAAAGAUUUCACCACUUCACAGCAGUGAUUUCUGUCCAACCAAUUGCCAUAUCAAUGUGAUGGAAGUGUCUUACCCUAAAACCUCAACUUCCCUUGGUAGUGCCUUUGGUGUACAGUUAGACAGCAGAAAACAUUCUUCUCAUGAAAAGGAAAAUAAAAACAGUGAUCAAGGUAAACUGAAUCCCAUGAUUUAUGUCCAACAUACCAUUACUACUAUGGCUGCCCCUUCAGGACAAUCUCUUGGCCAGCAAGAGGGUCAUGGUCUGAGGUACCUCUUAAAAGAAGAAGAUUUAGAAACACAAGAUGUCUAUCAAAAAUUGCUGUUCAAAUUACAAGCUGCACUGAAAGAGGUGGAAACAUGCGUCUGUCAAAUAGACGACCUUCUUUCUUCAAUAACAUAUUCUCCCAAAUCAGAACGUAAAACACCUGAGCCCUUAAUACCAGCAGACAGUGAUAAUGAAAAGGGGGAAAGGAAUGGGAAGAAAGUCUGUUUCAGUGUGACAGGUGAUGAACAAGAAGAUUCUGGUCAUGAUACUAUCAGCAACAGGGAUUCUUACAGCGAUUGCAACAGCAAUAGGAACUCCAUUGCCUCGUUCACCAGUAUUUGUAGCAGUCAAUGCAGUUCUUAUUUUCACAGUGAUGAAAUGGAUUCAGGCGAUGAGCUUCCCAUAAGUGUUCGAAUCUCUCAUGAUAAACAGGACAAACUGCAUAGCUGUUUGGAGCAUCUUUUUGGUCAAGUCGAUUCAAUUGUCAGCCUUCUGAAAGGACCAGCUGUGAUGAGAGCCUUUGAGCAGACAAAAUACUUUACACCAGGUCGAGGCCUCCAAGAGUUUCAGCAGGAAAUUGAACCAAAGCUUAACUGUCCAAAGAGGCUAAGACUCCACAUCAAGCAAGACCCUUGGAACCUCCCCAGCAGCGUCCGGAGUCUUGCCCAGAAUAUCAGAAAAUUUGUUGAAGAGGUGAAGGCACGAAUGCUCUUGGCACUUCUGGAGUAUACAGAUAGCGAGAUACAGCUGAGACGAGACAUGGUCUUCUCUCAGAGCCUAGUGGCCACUGUCUGCGCUUUUUCAGAGCAACUGAUGGUGGCCUUAAAUCAGAUGUUUGACAACAACAAAGAAUAUGAGAUGGAGACACCGGAGGCCAGCAGAAGGUGGUUGGAACAGAUAGCCAGUGCAGGUCUUCUGCUUCAUUUCCAGUCCCUGCUCUCACCUAACCUGGCUGAUGAGCAAGCCAUGCUAGAAGAUACAUUGGUUGCACUGUUUGACUUGGAAAAAGUUACUUUUUACUUCAGACAAUCAGAGCCAGAACCACUAGUUGCGAAUGUUCCAAUCACAUACCAAGCAGAAGGAAGCCGGCAAACCCUGAAGGUUUACUUCUACCUCGAUAGUAACCAUUUUGAACAGCUUCCUCAAAGGCUGAAGAAUGGAGGGGGAUUUAAAAUCCAUCCAGUACUUUUUUCACAAGCAUUGGAGAGCAUGGAAGGAUAUUAUUACAGAGACAGUGUCUCAGUAGAAGAAUUUCAAGCUCAGAUUAAUGCAGCCUCACUAGAAAAAGUCAAGCAGUAUAACCAGAAACUACGGGCGUUCUACCUGGACAAGUCAAACUUGCCUCCAAAUUCAACAUCUAAAGCGGCUUAUAUAGAUAAGCUCAUGAGGCCUCUCAAUUGCUUGGAUGAACUUUACCGACUGAUAGGGUCCUUUAUCCGAUCCAAGCGCACGGCUGCCUGCGCAUACACUGCCUGCAGUGCUUCGGGGGUUGGAUUGCUUUCAGUGUCUUCCGAACUCUGUAGCAGGCUUGGAGCUUGUCACAUCAUUAUGUGCAACAGUGGAGUUCACCGCUGCACUCUGAGUGUUACCCUGGAGCAGGCGAUCAUUCUGGCUCGGAGCCAUGGGCUACCUCCUCGCUAUAUCAUGCAAGCUACAGAUGUCAUGCGCAAACAGGGUGCGAGAGUACAAAACACAGCCAAGAAUUUAGGAGUGAGGGAUCGAACGCCACAGUCUGUCCCACGGUUAUACAAGCUGUGCCAGCCACCACCACCUGUUGGAGAAGAAUGAGGAGAACCGCUCCAGAAAAUAAUCCGAUAAUGGCCUUUAGGAUACUGGGACUAUAUGACAAAAAUCUAACUGCACUAUAGCAGUAUGUGCUUGGGGCUUUGAUAAAUAAAAAAACCCUUUACUCAGGAUAACAAAAGAAAUACCCCAAAUAUUCUCUAUUGCCAUUGGAAAAUGACUUCCAAAAAGCAUUUCUGGAAUUGUGCACUCCAGCCUUACACUAGUAGAACAGGAAUCUUCCUUGGGAAUUUUACACUGGAAUCAGAGUCAUUUGAUGUGUCUUGUUCAGCCACAUGAUAGAUAUAGCCAGCAGCUUGAAAACAAAUGUCUUGUUCAGAGAGAAUGACUUCACUUACACACUAUGCAGAAUCCGUUCUUGUGGAAGGAAUAAAAGCCUAGAUAAACUAGGCUUGAUAAUGAGCAUGCACUUCAUAUGGGGCCCUUUGCACUGAUAAUCCCUUUUUUCCUGGCGCCGUCAUAAUUUCUCAGAACGAUGGCAUCACUGUUUCAAGGAUAUAAUGUAAGUGAGGUUUAAAGAUGGAAAAACUCAUCUCAGAAUUGUGCCUAAUGGCUGCAGGCAGACUGCUGCUACGAACGUGUGCUCGUGAUCAGCAAACUCAGCCGUGUCUUAAGCAGCGCGUUGUCAUACUCUUAGGAGGAAUACCUGUACGGCACGUGAGGUGAAGUUUUGCCCUUGUUCAGCUGCCAUUAGAAUGAAGGAGAAGGAGGAGAAGUCUGAUCUUCAUCCAUAGUUAGACUGAAUUUCAGACCCUGUCUAAUGGAUGCUUUACAUUAUUGCGCCUCUGCAUUGCAGAGUUUUCCACAGCUGUGUAUAUUCUUGUAUAGCACUACACUAGCAAAUCUACGUAUGGCGAGGAUGAGGCAGUAUUGUUAUGUUUAACUGGAAAUGUCUGUGGUUUAAGUUGAAGCAUAGUUUGGGGGUUUGCUGUUCCAUGCUGCCAGUUUUGUCAGAACUGUUUUGUAUAGCAUUUCAGUUCUCUGGAGUGGUAAUUGUUACAGAUUUAUUUUGAAAAUUGUACUGAGUAUUUAGAGGGCCCAGGGAAAAUGUAUCUGCGUUUGGCUGUUCUUUUGGCCAAAGUAUUUUCAGCAAAAAUGCCCCCAAAUGAGGUUUCAUAGGUGACACAUUAAAACAAAAACUAUAUUCUGAAAUAGUUCUACUUGUAGCAGUAGCUUUGCAUUCUAUGAGAGCAGGACAUAUACUGUUUGAAUAAAAUUUAUUUUUUGUACAACAGCAGCCUGUAGUUAUGCUGUAGCAAUCAAACCUCACAACAUAAUUUUUGCAUAUUAUCUAAUUAUUUAUGAAAUCUUCAACAAAUGUAUUAAUCCACAAUGAAAUACGUGAGAAGUCAAAACAAGCUGUACUCUUGCAAAGAGUGUUCUUUACGUAGGAUAUCUAGGGGACUUUUUACUUUUCUCCAAAGGAGGAAUUAGGGCUCCUACCUUUUUCAGUAUUCUUAGUGUUUUUACAGACUUUAACUUUGCUAAGAAAAUAAAUAUUUUUAUAUAUCCACAGAUAUAUAUGUCUGCACAUAUAUGUGAGUUUCAAUAUGUAUAUAUUUAUGUAGCCGUAUCAAUUACCGGUCCAACCUUAAGUAUAGAAUGUUUGCCUUAAACUGUGACAGACAUAUGCAAUAAUGAACACUUCAAUAACAAUUUCUGCUUUGGGUUUUGAAGUUUACGCCCUUUCAUAGUUACUGGAAGCUGUGGGAUUAUAAUCUUUGUGAUUAGAAAAAAAAAAAAAAAGAAAAACAAACCCACAAAGUCUUACUCUUCAAGAACUAAUUCUUUUUGUCAAGGAUAACCUAAUGCUUGUACAUAAGUGAGUCAUGCAUGGAGCUGCUAACCCUGUAUAAUGUCACAUAACCUAGAGGACAAAAUCUGUAGCAUGCACACACGUUAUUGUAACUAGGUUUUUUAUUGCAUUGAAAACAACAGGAAUGCAAAUAUCCUAAAAUAGUGUCCCUGUUCAAUAUGGUAAUUGUCUAAUUUGUUUUGGUGUUGAAAGCAUGGGGUAAUAGAUAUUUGUAAACACUGAGGGACAAAUAGUUAUAAGCCAGUCACUGGCCCAAAUUCUUUAGCUAUUUUUUCCUGAGUGUGCAUCAGAAAUCUUGAACUCUUGUUUUUGUAUCUAAUUUUUGGUUCUUUAUUCUUUUUUCCCCCCUCUAGAGGAAGUUUUCAAAAACUUAUUCAGUGACCCAUACUGCAAAAUAAAGUAUCUAUUUAGCCUGAUAUCAAAGGGGCUGAGAAACUUAAGCCUUGGUUUUCUGGGAUUACAGGUGGCAUGUAAAGAUAUGAUUUCCAAAGGAAAUUGGGCAUAAAUGUCCCACUGACUGUCUAUGGGAAGUGGGAGCCUAAUUUCUCAAAAUGUCUUUCAAAAGCCAGUGUUCACUUGAAACAUUGUGCAGCUUUUCAGGCUGCUUUUCUUGUGCCUCUGUUUUCAGAGCACACUGCACAUUCUAACACAUCUGACUUCUGAUAACAUUACAUGGACCUUUAAGAAGCCCAUACUGAAAUUAUAAAUUGAAAUACGUUCAUUAUUAAAGCUAUUUGUCUUGUUUGGUAUAUGUGGAGGAUGUCUUUGUUCCUUAUUCAAGGUGCACCUGCAGAGUAAAAAAAAAUCCAUUCUCAUCACACUAUGCUUAUCCUCUCAUAAAUUUUUAGACUUACAGAUGACAAGAAGAGAUGACCAAGAGUGAUGAUUUACAAGAGCUGUAGCACCCGUAGCUUGUUAAAUCUUUGCUUCUACAGCAACAGAUUAUGCAGCCUGUUUUUACGACAAAGUGUUGUACUGGUUUAGGGAAAGCAUUCUGUAUAUAAUUUUUACUUUUUCAUCCAAGACAAGUGUAAUUCUUCUGGGAAUAAAUUCAAGGAUCUAGAGACAUACAUUACCAAAUACUGACUGCCGUGAUGUAGCUGUAGUCUGUGGGGGAUGUACAGGAGAUUUAACAGCUGGGAAGGGAAGGUCAAGGGCCAAGGAACAGCUAAGUUGCCAUAGGGUUCCUGCUUGGAGAAAACUUAGAUUUGAUUUUAAGGUAGAGCUGAUGAUGUUUGGCUUAUCUUUGUAACCAUCAUCUAUGAAUAAUAGGAUGCUAAACAGUCUUUAUGAAAUGAGCAUUGAUUCAGCCUAGUUCCCCAAGUUAAGUAUUUCAUAACACUUCUUUUCCUUGCAGAUUGUAAAUGUAAAUGAAUACAAAAAUGUAUAUAUUCCAGUUUCUCAAUGUCAAACAUUUUUGUGUUUAGGGAUCCAUUUUAAAGUAAGUAUUCCUGCUGUCAGCUGAACCAACCAACCAAUUUUAGGUCCUCUGAGAGCGCUGCAAUCUUUAGUGGCUUUUUAGAUAGUUUUCAGUGGGUUUUAGCAAAUGCAUCAGGUUUUCAGGUUGUUUUUUAUUUGUUUGUUUUAAUGCAGUCAAUAGUGGUCAGAACUGCUCUUCUCCUGUUUGAGAGCCAAAACAAUUAAACUUAAGUUGACAAGGAUUUAUAGUAAUCAUACUUCAUUUCAUUUGUUAGAAUCCCCUAAUGGAAAAAAAAUGAACCAGUUUUAUUGAUCUGUUUUUACCCAGAGAAAUUCACAAGCAAACAGUGAUUUUUCGUUUUAUUAAUUCAUUGUCAGAUAUAGAGUAUAUAUAUAUAUAUAUAUAUAUUUAAGACAAUUGCCUGAAUGUGAGUAUACACAUCAUGGUGAAGCAUGAUGCUCAAAAAAAGGAAAGUAUCUUUCAUUUAUUUUCAUUUAAAUUGUGAAAUCAGUAACUGUAGUAUAUAUACAUACUGUUCUGUACUCUUUACAGUUACUUCAUGGAUAUGUCUGCCAGCAUUUUACGCAUCUUUUGCACCAUUUUUCUUUAACGUUAUGAAAAGAGGAGAGUUUCUCAAGCUAAUGCAUUGCCUUAUGUAUUUUAUCUCUGUACUUGUUGAUAAAUGCAGGUAGUGCUUUUCUAAUUGUACUCCGGCAGUACACUGGCAUUGGUAAAUUAGAUGCACAGUACAGACCUGUCUCAGGAUACCUGGAUUUUUCAUCAUUAGGUUUUGAAGUAUAAAAAAGAUACUGAACUCAUAUUUUUGUAUGCUGACAAUUGUGUAGGGUUGGUUUUUUUUAUAUACUGUAUAUAUCAAUCAAGUUUUCCUAAAGAAAAUGUAUUAUUAGGAAUGUUUCCCUUUUCCUGCUAGAAGACAUGGGUUUAUGUUUUCUUGUUAUGUAUGUAUAAACAAACAUACAGCAUGCACAGUCGUGAAGAUGUUAACACCGGUGAGAAAUUUCAGAUUGUCCAGAGGCCAGUCAAGUAGUCAUUUCUUAAGUUCUUCUCCAGAAAGAACAUCUCCAUGCUAGAAAUCCUAUAUAGCUAGAGUGGAACUACUUUAGAAAUAACUUCUGCUUCCGUUUGAAAGUCCAAUAGAGUGUUCAAAGUAGCUGGGACAUUUCUGCAAGUAUUUAGAUUUGGACGUCCAUGGGAAUAUCCACAACGUCUUUUGCAGAGGUGUGUGUCCUAUCUGUACCAUGCGCCAGAUUUGAAAGACUAAGCAGCCUUACUAACUUUUUAAUACCCUGUAUAUAGUGUACGUAUUUGGUUAUACUUGUGUUACACUUUAAAAACGAACUUAAUUUCUGCAUCGAGUAUUGCACACAUUUUUCAAAUGAAGAAUAUAUUGUCUGUUGUAACGUCUCAUUAAGCACAAGAGAGCAUUACUGCUUUGAAAUGUUAUGUAUAAGUACAGCCAUACACAGACUCUCUCAGUGAGCUUUUGUUUGAAAACUGUCAAACUAGCAGCUUUGCGGGUAGUUGAGUUUGUUAGAAGUAACCUUUGGAAUUUAAUGUUAAAUAUCCUUGAAACAUGGUUUUAAAUUACUUUUUCCUUGUUUGUAAAGUGCCCGUGUAGCAUACUUUGAAUCAGUUGCUAUAUUGAUUAUGGGUUAAACUAAUACUAUGUACUUUUAGAUCUAUGGUUUAUUUUUUUAGUCUACCUAUUAAAGACUGGAAUGGUAACAAUGUAUUACAAAAUGUCAGACAGCAAUAAAACCGUUCAUAAUAUGGCAACUGCAAAUCUCUCUAUUUGUAAGCAAGAAAUAAGUUGGGGGAGAGGGACUUGGGGGUCUUUAACCCUUUCACUAUGGCUGCCCGAGGAAUUCUGCUGCAGGAAAACAGCAAUUAAACUUCUAGAAAUAAAUGUUUAUCUUAAGACUCCCUUCUGAGAACCCAGGCCCAGUCUAGGUUCACUGCUGACAAUUAAAGUAUAACUUAAUAAGCAGUGGAAAACUGAAGCCUGUGUGAGCAGUCGUCCCUGGCUGUGGGCACCUGUAUUUAGUGAAGGCUGGAAGAGACACAGGCACAAAAAUCCCUUUCCGUCCCCACGGUGCCAUUACUGCCCCACAAAAGGCCAAAACAUCCACUGUUUCUGGCAUUCCCUUGUCGGUCAUCAUCUGUUUACUGCUGUGCGCAAGGAUAAGCAUCGGACGAGCCUAAUGUGGAGAGUUGCACUCCCUUUGCUAAAAACCCACCUAGAUAGGACUGGUCCUUCAGAGGGAUUGGGAACUCGGUCUGAGCUGCUGUUGGGAUGCCAGGGGUUUGAAGAGUUGCGCUGAGUGUUUCUUUCGUAGGACAGAAAGCUGAGGAAAUAGCAGACCUCCCUAAGCAGUUGUCUCUAUAUGAAGGAAGUUCUGAUUUCUACGUGGUGGUUGUGGUCAUGAGGAUCAGUGGAGGCAGGCCCAAAAGCAGCUACAAUGGUUUUGUAAAAUCCCUUCUGUUUUCCGUCUUCUGCUAGCCGGGAGGAGGGUGAGGAUGAAAGUAUUUCUGGAUAACUAGACUUCAAAAGAUAGAUUACUUUUUUUUUUUUCCUGUCCUAAGUAUUCCUCUCUCCAUAAGUUUGUGAAGGAAGGCAGCAUGGAAUUUCAGAGAAGUAUUGAGAAGCAGAAGUGACCAGAUGAUUUCAAACAUGGUCUGCUUUUUUACCAUCAUAUGUGAGGUUUCUUUUUUCAGUGCUCCUCAUUUCUGUGGUCUUGACUUGCUGC